CGGCCGUGGCUCGGCACGGUCCGGCACGGGGUGAUGCGGCACGGCACGGCCGGUGCUGCCUCCUCCCGGGCCGGGGCGUGCGGAGGGACGGACGGCAGGAGGCAGGAAAAGAGGCAGGGUGGGAGGGACCCCACGGCGCCGCUCGGAGCCCGGCCCGGCCCCGGGAGAGCGACAAGCGCCUGGCACGGGAUAAAGUUAUCCCGGAAUAAGGCUGCACGCAUGUGCGUCACCCCGGAUGUGAACAUGCCGGCCCGGCUCCCCGCUAGCUCGCUCCGCCUGGCUCCAGCGGAUGGGCUGAGCCGUGCCGUGCCGAGCCGUGCCGUGCCGAGCCGUGCCCGAGGCCCUGCAGCCCGGUAGGGGCUGGGGGAGGCCGGGCCGCCCGGGCGCCCUCGAGGGCCGAGGUGCGAAAGGCCCUCCCGGCGGGCCCGGGGCAGGUGCGCAGCCGGGGGCGAGCGGCGGGCGCGACCCCGGGAGCGAUGGAUUUUCGUGGGAAAAAGUACGAGCGCGGCAGUAACUGGUCUGACCCCGAGGUGGUGGAGCUGCUGCAGCUCUGGGCCGACGAAUCGGUGCAGAUAGAGCUGGAGAGCUGCUUGCGCAACCAGCACGUCUUCAACCGCAUCGCCGAGGUGCUGCGGGAGAAGGGCAUCCACCGCACGGGAGACCAGUGCCGGGAGAAGAUCAAGAAGAUGAAGCUGGAGUACCGGCGGAUCAAGGACAAUAGCAAGGCCCCGCGGGGCGGGCGGACGUGGAAGUUCUACGAGGUGAUGGACCGGGUGCUGACCAGCCGACCGGCCCUGGCCUAUGGCUCCCUGAGCGGCAGCAUGAUGGCUCAGCAGGUGCUGCAGGGCAGCAUGGUGGAGAGCUACCACCACCAGUUCACCUCCUCUGCCCUGCCCUUCGGACACUCCCAGCACCCUGAGCUGAUGGAAAUCAAAUGUGAGGAGGUGAACUCUGAUGACCACAGCUUGACCCCAGAGCCCCCACAAGCCAUGCCUUACCAGCAGGGCUCCCCUGAAGAACAGGAGAUGGAGAGAGCCUUCUUGGAGAGGGCCCAAAACGACUCUCCCAUCUCCAGGGUGGAGAUUCCCAUUGAAACCAGUGUUUCACCUUCAGGUUUCAGUGAGCCAAACAUGGCAAACUCAUCACGGAUCCAGAACGUUGUUCCCCGGCCUGGCUUCUCUGCCUUGCAUCGGCUGAGAAAGAAGCGGAAAGGGCAGCGCAUGAGGGACCCACUGGACGACCUGCUGCUGAAGACUCUGACGUCCCAGCGCGCCAUGGAGGAGCGCUUCCUGCAGAUGGAAGAGCGCCGCUUCCAGCGAGAUCUGGACGUGGAGGAGCGCCGGAUGCAGCUGGAGCAGCGCCGCUUUGAACUGGAGAGGGAACAUGAGUUUCGCAUGUUCAAUGUCUUUGCUCAGAUGCUCAGCAUCCUAAAGCAGAGCCAUAGCGGCUCCUCCUCCUCUGUUGCCAUGCCUCAGGGUUUGGACUUCAGCCAGGCACUCUCUGAAAUUGAGGGAAUGGGAGGAAGAGGGAGCAACCUGCAGGAGAUGAGGCUUCGGCCGCUUGCCAAGAGGAGGGUUGACCUGCACAGCCUCUGUAACCCCAGUGGCUUCCAGAGAAGCCCCUACCUCUCUGCUCGUGGCAACUUUGCCUGCGCUUUCCAGGGCUCCACUGAGGAAGGGUACAAUGCCUAUCAUGCUGACAAGUAUGAUGAAGACAAGAACCCCAACGGUAUAAUAAACUUUGGCACCAGUGAGAAUAAGCUCUGCUUUGACCUGUUGUCCAAGCGGCUGACACAGGCUGAUAUGAAUCUGAUGGACCCUUCACUGCUUCAGUAUCCUGACUGGAAAGGACAUCUGUUUUUACGGGAAGAAGUGGCUCGAUUUUUGACCUAUUACUGCAAGGCCCCUGCACCUCUCAAAGCAGAGAAUGUGAUUGUUUUAAAUGGUUGUGGCUCUUUAUUUUCUGCAUUAGCUACAGUCCUUUGUGAUCCAGGGGAAGCUAUACUGAUUGCUACUCCCUGUUAUGGUGGUAUUAUCCAGAGUAUCUUCCUCUAUGGUAAUGUCAAGCUGGUGUAUGUCUAUUUAGACAGUAAGAUUACUGGAACAAGUACUCGACCCUUUCAGCUUACAGUGGAAAAACUGGAAAAAGCCUUGCAGGAUGCCUGGGCAGAGGGUGUCACUGUAAGGGCCUUAAUUCUUUUGAAUCCCCAAAAUCCUCUUGGGGACAUCUACUCCUUGUCAGAGCUACGGGAUUACCUGGAAUUUGCUAAAAGACAUGAAUUGCAUGUGAUAGUAGAUGAGAUCUACAUGCUGUCAGUUUUUGAUGAAUCAGCCACGUUUCACAGUGUCCUAGGCAUGGACAGAUUGCCUGAUCCACAGCGGACUCAUGUGAUGUGGGGCAUAACCAAGGAUUUUGCUGUUUCUGGGAUUCGUUUUGGUACUUUAUAUACAGAGAACCAAGAUGUUGUUAAUGCAGUGGCUUCUUUGUGUUAUUUCCAUGGGGUUUGUGGACCUGUCCAGCACAAGGUUGCACAGCUGCUUAGAGACAGAGACUGGAUCAACCAGGUGUACCUGAGGGCCAACCAUGCCCGCCUAAAAGCUGCCCACACAUACGUGACAGAUGAGCUGAAGACACUCGGGGUUCCUUUUCUCAACCGCAACGCAGGCUUCUUUGUCUGGAUGGACUUCAGAAAGUACCUUAAGACAGGCACAUUUGAGGAGGAGUUGCUGCUCUGGAAGCGUUUUCUGGAUAAUAAGGUCCUCCUGUCCUGUGGAAAAGCCUUUGAAUGCAGUGAACCUGGAUGGUUCCGCAUCAUCUUUUCUGACAAGACCCACCGGCUGCAGUUAGGCAUGCAACGGAUACGCAAGGUUUUGGAAGAGCGUGAGCAGGAGUUACUGGCUGAGGAGAAGGAGCAGCCUUGUCAGUCAGAUCAGGACGGCAAAGCAGAUAGCACAGAUGAAGUCAUUUUUGUAUCCCGCCACCAGGACUCUCUCUGUGCCAGUAGCUCCAGCCUUGGUGACCUCAUUGGCCUCCUGCAGCAACAGAUGCGUUCAUCUGACUGGCUACAGAAAAACACAGCUGAGCAGUUUGCCCAGGAAAAGCCAGAGAUCUAUGAUGUGUUCAGCAAACUGGUGGGGAAGCAAUAGGGGUCAGUGUGCCUCCAGGGGCUUUCCUGAACACUAACUGACCCCUAACAACUCAGUAGUGACUUCCAGCAAAUAAUAUAUUUUCUGUAUAGCAAGAAAAUUACUUUGUAGGCCCCCUCCUCUCCCCUCUGUUUAAGAUCUCUGAUUUGUACUAUAUACUUGUGUUUCCUUGGAUUGGGGUGAGGGUAGGGAAGGGGGGGUGUCUUGUUUGUGUGCUGCUCUCUGUUCUGCAGCAUCAUUGUAUUUUAUAUUUAAUUAAUUUCUAAUGAAUAUGCUCUUAACUCUCUUAUAAGGUCCUGUGGUAUAAUUUUUUAUUCUUCUUCACACUUUCCAAAAACAGAUUCUAGAUUAAGUUAUGUGAGGUGGGGGCCAGCUGUCUCAAAGAGGUGUUUUUGGGAGAUAGAAUCUAGUGUCAGCCCUAACUUAGCCCUAGCUAAGGGUAAAUAAACAUGUGCAUAGAUUCAUCUUCAUGACUGAGGCUCUUAGGACCACAGUCAUCUAGACUGAGUUCUGUAAAUCAUUUUGUUUGGAGUUGGUUUCCAGUUUGACCUCAGAUCAGACAGUAUCCACUACCCUUGACUGGUGAAAUGCCUGGUUUUGUUUCUAUUCUUCUUUUUUUGUAUUCCUAUAAAUAAAAUGCACUAAUUGGCCUCUUGGCAAAAUGUCCAGAAAAGAGCUACAAAUGGAGAGGCAAUAGAAAGUAGAUGUUGUUUUUGCAUUUUUCUAUUCCUGGAAGUCCAUCCCUUGUGGUUAACAACAACAUAUAUUGGCAAAAGAGUGCAAAGAAUGCUUCUGCCUAUGCUAGGUGUACCUGCAGGUACAGCUGCUUCUGUCACCUACCACAGGCAUCCAAGGAUGCACCUUCCACCAUUAUCACAAUAUUGAAUGCAAUUUUUCCUGUGUUUCUCAGUUUGCAGGGUAAUUUUUUUUUUUACUAAAUGGUAUUCUUCUGUCUCCUCCUCUUUCCCAUUUUAAGAAACUGUUUUCUGUAUGCUGGUGAUAGAGUAUUUCAACUGGAAGGCCUCUUUCACAGAUAAAAAACUAUUUAACUUCUGGUACUAUAAAAUUUAGGUAUCCUAAAGGAAUUGGAGCUUGUUUUUCUGCAUACAUAUUAAUCAAGAGUUGAAGGAAAAAUGAAUAGAAGUGCAUAAUUUUCCUCCUCAUAGAUUUUGGCAGAUGGGCAUGAGUGACAAAAGCACAUCUGCAUCAUAAACCAAAUUACCAAAGCAUAGGCAAUUAAUGCAACCACAGUUUGCUGUGUGGUGAUGGCAGAGAACUGCUUGGACAGGGGAAGGAAAGUCUGAGCAGUGGCUGAAGAGAAGAUGGUGCUGCUUGUGACUGCCCCCCUCAGCACUGAGACCAGGCUGGUGAGGUGACAGGUAAGAUCAGUGUAAGGGACAGUUAUAAACAGAGUAUUUGCUAACUAGUUUGGCAUUUGUCCAUGGACAAUAUUUCCAAGUCCACAAAGAAAGCUAUAACAGAAGACAGAUGUCGUUAAUGGAAUGGGAAGUGCGAUGUACAGCCAAAUCACAAAUGGACUUCCUGGUUUUCCCCCCUUAUUUAUGUACCCCAAGAAGGACAUGAGCAACAAAACUUUAGGAAUUGAGCUGUUUGAAAUCAAGAACAAGGUAAGACAUUAGUUAACGUGAUAUUUUAGGGAAUCCCUGUAGCAAAUUCAACCCAUUAAUUACUCAUUUUCUUUUGUUCUAGUCAUUUUUUCUGUUGGAGUAUAUGAAUAUACAAAAGUAACAAUUUAUAUAAUAUUUUUCACCCAUAUAUAUUUACUGCUCAGGAAGCAGGUUUAUUGUACUGUUUCUGUGUGGAUUCAGCUAGUAAAGCACACCUCUGCAGGAAAGAGGGUAUGAUGUGCUUUCAGAAUCCUCACAGCUAUUACAGUAUGGCUGACAGUCACAUCUGAGCUUGCUGUAACUCAACAGAACACACACAUAGAGUAUUUUCUAUGUUAUUUUGAAUUUUAACACCUGCCUUAGGAUCUGUCCACUGAGGAAUGUUAGUUUGGUCACAGAAAAUAUAAAUAUAACUGGAAAAGAGGCAAGAAAGAAACAUGGUCAUGAGACUGCUGUUGGAAAAAAAAUGGGGUUUUUUGAUUGUGCAAACCCCAUAAAUUUUGUAAAUGGCCUUAACUGGUUUACAAAAAGUGGUAAACAUGUAGAAAGUCCUGUGCAUAUGUAUAUAGAAACUAAAUCAAUUCCUAUUUGCUCUAAGAUUUGCUCUAAGAUUACCCCUAGAGGAAAAACACAGGUUCUGCCUGUACAAAUUGUUUGUUCUUUCUGCUGCCUUCAUGUUAGAUGUUUUCUCUACUUGAUGUAUCUCAUAGUUCUCAUUAAUGGCCUUUUCUUUUUCUUUGUGGCAAACCUCUACUGACAAAAAACAUCGCAAAAAGAUUAAGGAUUCUUCCAUGCUGUCCCUGCCCUCACUUUUUUUUUUUUACCUGUUUGUCAAGUGA